AUGUAUCAUCUGAUAUUGAACAAGACUUUAGAUGAGAAUUUGCUAUGUGAAAAAUCAGGAUUCGGAGAAGGAACGCCAAAAUGCUAUAUAAGAUUGGCCAAAAGAAGCUUAGAAUCGGAUCCAAAUAGACGAUCAAUGGCAAAAUUUUCUGUCAGAGUUGGAUAUUGGCUUGAUGAGAUGAAACAAAAUGAUGAAAAUAAAUCAAGAAGCA